AUGAGAGUCAACUGCUUUAAUGACGAAACGGUCGAUGCACGUGUUCAAUGUACUGUGGAAAAUAUGGGUAUUCGUGUUUUACGCAAGUGUCACUUGGCGGCUUGGCAUCAGAUAGGCAGUCGCGUGGAGUCUCUGGACUUCAUGGCACCUUUGAUAUCUAUCUCUUUGAGAUGUUUCGCUCUUUUUUACUAUGGGCUACGUGCCAUCAAUUUAUAUGCAUUUAAAGCGAUAAACGAAAGCGGUUUAGUCUACGACGGUGGUUUGGUGGUGAGUCCCACGUUCGAGACCAAUGAUCCAAAUAUAUUCGGAGCCGGGACUUGCGUGAGGUAUUCCCGGCGAUUGUACGCAGGCCGGAGCAUGCACCGCGAUCAUUAUUCUGAGGAUAUUGGAGAAGCGUUGGCAAGACUCUUUUUGCACAAAAUGGAUCCGUUCAUGAUGGGAGACCCUGAACUGGCAGAGGUACCAUCGGACCUGUUACCCAGAUACAGUUCUUGUGGCUUAGGGUUUAAGAGCACGUUGUCAGCAACGACCAGCCUCUCCAGAAUGUCAAUGACUUCACAGUUCAGGAAAUGGCAACCGGUGAUGAAAUUUGAAUCCCCUAUCACUCAGUUUGCGAUCUUACCUGGUCCAUUAUAUUAUUUGAAGUUACGGAAGCCUGGCAAAGAGAUUCCUAUGGCUAUCCAGCAAUGCUUACCUCGACAGGGUCAUACUCUAACGACGGAUAAGGACGACAAUUACUUCCGUCUGCACCUAAAUGUGCUGCAUGUGGUGGACGCCGUCACUUGUCUCUCGCACAAUCCCUUCUCUCCGGAGAUACUGCAGCAGUUGUACGGCAAACAUGAGGCGUUCUUCAAUAAACUAUAUACGAGAUUCCAGAAUAAAGAAAUUACCGAUUUCUACGAAUUCUUCACUCAACCGUGGAUGUCUACGUUGUACCAGGAAUCGUUUAGAGAUCUCGUCGAUGACAUUAAUGAACAAGAUAUUGGGACGAUACAAGAGCUACUGAAAUCAAAGUUCGCCAUGUAUGACGCGGAGUUGGAUCAAUUGCAAUCAACAUUAUUGGAAGCUCACAAUUCUAUUUCUUCCAUAUCUUCUACUGGCACUUUUACUAUGGAGGCUCGCAAAGUGGGCACAUUCCGUUCUGUGAUCGAUAAGUUUGUCGCUAAGACCGCCUUUGAAGAGGGUAGCACUACGGGGAUGUCUUUACCAUCGGAAUGUGGUCAGAGCAAGCAGGUACGCCAGGAAGCAUCGAAUUUCUGGAAGAAGGUCGGCGGAGAACGCAUAGUGAUGGCGCAUGUCACACGUUACCUCGACAAGUAUUCUGUUACUAACCCACACUUCGCCACACCGAAGCCACAAAACACAUGA